AUGUCUGACGCGGAGUUUGAGCAGGUGAGACGGCUGCAAGCCGAGAGGAAUGCUGCGGCAGAAGCGAAAAAAGGUUCAAAGACCUUUGAUCCGUCCAGUCAGCGAACUGACUUUUCGACCAAGGCUCCCCUGACUGAAACCUUCGACACGGAGCUUUAUGAUCGCGAUGGCGCGGACAAGUAUGCAGGUUACAACACCUCGAUCCCCGUGGACGGCGAGGAUGAGGACAUGGAGGAUGCCGAUGGCGGACACCGUCUGGUGGGACAGUACACCGCCACCAAGGAGCAGGUGAACGAAAUGGCUCAUGGUAAUGGUGUUGAGGAAGAGGAUAUUCUUCUCGGUCGUGAGAAAUCUGCCAGGAUUGCCGAUCGUGAGACUGAUUACCAGAAGCGUCGAUUCAACCGCGCUCUUUCUCCCACCAGAGCUGAUCCUUUUGCGGCCAACAAGGAUGCGAACGCCGAAACCGAUGGCCAAACCUAUCGAGACGUGAUGGCUCUUCGUGAGCUCGAGAAGGAAGAAGAGCGCGUCAAGAAAAUCAUCGCGGAGAAACAAGCUCGCGGCGAGAAUGGCGUCCCUGAGCAUCAGGCCACCCUGAAGGCUGAAGAAAGCGAUAAAGAGAAGCUCGAUGCCGAUUCAACUGCUUCCGCUUCCACUGGACGCAAGAGAAAGCAACGAUGGGAUGUGUCCUCAGAGCCUACGGAAGCCAAAGAGGAGAAUGAGGCCACUCAGGCAAAACCUAAGCGAUCCAGAUGGGACCAGACCCCAGCUCCUACUCCUCCAGAAGAACAACCAGCUCCCAAGCGUCGGUCCCGGUGGGAUCAAGCGCCCGCAGCACCAACGAUCCCCGGAGCUACGCCCGUGGGCAACCAAGGUCUAGCAACCCCGAUGCAUCCGUCACAAGCUCCGAUGGCGCCGGCGACUUUUGGAACCGAUAUUUCAGGACGAAACGCCCCCUUAUCGGACGAGGAGUUGGACCUUAUGCUUCCGUCUGAAGGCUAUAAGAUUCUUGAUCCACCUCCAGGGUACGAGCCUAUCAGGAACCCGGCGAGAAAGCUGACGACCACGCCAGCUCCGAUGCCCAGCGCGGGCGGCAUUGGCGGGUUCAUGAUGCAGGAACCCGAAAAUGCUCGCAUGCUUGGUAAACAACUGCCAACUGAGAUUCCAGGCGUGGGCGAUCUACAAUUUUUCAAGCCCGAAGAUAUGGCUUAUUUCGGAAAAUUGCUAGAUGGCGCGGAUGAAAAUACCCUGUCUGUGGAGGAGCUGAAAGAGAGGAAGAUCAUGAGAUUGCUACUGAAAGUCAAGAACGGAACUCCUCCUAUGCGAAAGACGGCCCUUCGCCAGCUCACCGACAAUGCCCGGCAGUUCGGAGCCGGGCCUCUGUUCAACCAGAUCCUUCCGCUGCUUAUGGAGAAGUCUCUGGAAGACCAGGAACGUCACUUACUUGUUAAAGUCAUCGAUCGUAUCCUCUACAAGCUGGAUGACCUCGUUCGUCCCUACACACACAAAAUUCUUGUGGUCAUUGAGCCGCUUCUUAUCGAUCAAGACUACUAUGCCCGUGUGGAAGGUCGUGAAAUUAUUUCCAAUCUGGCCAAGGCGGCUGGUCUUGCUCAUAUGAUCAGUACGAUGCGGCCGGAUAUCGACCAUGUGGAUGAAUAUGUGCGGAACACCACUGCUCGAGCAUUUGCAGUUGUGGCCUCGGCACUUGGUAUUCCGGCUCUUCUUCCCUUCCUCCGGGCCGUGUGCCGCAGUAAGAAGUCGUGGCAAGCUAGACAUACUGGUGUCAAAAUUGUGCAGCAGAUUGCUAUCCUCAUGGGGUGCGCUAUUCUGCCUCAUCUGAAGGGAUUGGUCGAUUGUAUUGCCGAUAACCUCAGCGACGAGCAGGCGAAGGUCCGAACAGUCACCGCCUUGGCCAUCGCUGCUUUGGCAGAGGCCGCGAAUCCUUACGGUAUCGAAAGCUUUGACGAGAUCCUCAAUCCUUUGUGGACUGGUGCCAGAAAGCAGCGCGGAAAGGGUCUUGCUGGAUUCUUGAAGGCUGUCGGUUACAUUAUUCCUCUGAUGGAUGAGGAGUACGCCAACUACUACACCAGUCAGAUCAUGGAGAUUCUCCUCAGAGAAUUCUCUUCACCCGAUGAGGAGAUGAAGAAGGUCGUGUUGAAAGUUGUGUCGCAGUGCGCGCAAACGAAUGGAGUAACCGCUCAGUACCUGAAGGAGAACCUCCUGCAAGACUUCUUCAAGAGCUUCUGGGUCAGGCGGAUGGCGCUCGACAAGCGGAACUACCGUCAGGUGGUCGAGACGACUGUCGAUCUCGGCCAGAAGGUGGGCGUUAGCGAGAUCCUGGAGCGGAUUGUCAACAACCUGAAAGACGAGAGCGAAGCCUACCGCAAGAUGACGGUGGAAACGGUUGAGAAGCUGAUUGCCUCACUGGGAGCGGCGGAUAUUUCUGAGAGACUGGAGGAACGUCUCAUCGAUGGUGUUCUGUACGCCUUCCAGGAGCAAAGUGUCGAGGACAUUGUCAUCCUGAACGGUUUCGGUACGGUGGUCAACGCUCUUGGUACGCGGUGCAAGCCGUACCUUCCUCAGAUUGUCAGCACGAUUCUUUGGAGAUUGAACAACAAGUCGGCGACCGUUCGUCAACAGGCGGCCGAUCUGGUGUCUCGUAUUGCGAUGGUGAUGAAGCAAUGUGGUGAAGACGCUCUGAUGGGUAAGCUGGGAGUCGUCCUGUACGAGUAUCUCGGUGAGGAAUACCCCGAGGUGCUUGGUUCCAUUCUUGGUGCGUUGCGGUCCAUUGUCACCGUGGUCGGUAUCAACCAGAUGCAGCCGCCGAUUCGAGACCUUCUUCCGCGACUUACUCCCAUUCUGCGUAACCGCCACGAGAAAGUGCAGGAAAACACCAUCGACUUGGUGGGACGUAUUGCAGACCGCGGACCGGAGUCAGUCAACGCUCGAGAGUGGAUGCGAAUCUGUUUCGAGCUGCUCGAUAUGUUGAAGGCGCACAAGAAGGGUAUUCGCCGUGCUGCCAACAACACGUUUGGCUUUAUUGCCAAGGCGAUCGGUCCGCAGGAUGUGCUUGCCACGUUACUCAACAACCUGCGUGUGCAGGAGCGUCAGUCUCGAGUGUGUACGGCCGUCGCGAUCGGUAUUGUGGCAGAGACGUGUGCACCGUUCACAGUGCUUCCGGCUCUGAUGAACGAAUACCGCGUUCCGGAGCUCAACGUCCAGAACGGUGUUCUGAAGGCGAUGUCCUUCCUUUUCGAAUAUAUCGGAGAGAUGGCCAAGGACUACGUCUAUGCGGUGACUCCUCUUCUGGAGGACGCGCUGAUCGACCGUGACCAGGUCCACCGCCAGACUGCCGCUAGCGUUGUCAAGCACAUUGCUCUGGGCGUCGUGGGUCUGGGCUGCGAAGACGCCAUGAUCCACCUGCUGAAUCUGGUCUUCCCGAACAUCUUCGAGACGAGUCCACACGUGAUCGACCGCAUCGUCGAGGCCAUCGAGGCUAUUCGGAUGGCGGUAGGAACGGGUAUCGUGAUGAACUACGUCUGGGCAGGACUUUUCCAUCCGGCGCGCAAGGUGCGGACGCCGUACUGGCGACUGUACAACGAUGCAUACGUGCAGGGCGCCGACGCGAUGGUGCCGUACUACCCGAAUCUGGAGGAGGACGGCAUCUCGCGGCCGGAGCUGGCGAUCGUGAUUUAA